UCGUGCUGGCCUCCACGGUGUCAAAAGCAGUCCACGUAGGAGCGUCGGCAGCCAGUCCGGCACCAUUUUCGUCAAUUUUUUCCCAGAAAAAUACACUCCGUUCCCCAUCCUCCCGUGUCGCGACACUCGCACUGGUCUCUCUCUCUCCUUGCGUUCUCCGUCUGCCUCUCGCUCCCCCGCCCAAGAAACCAGCCGCUAUUCUCGUCCCCAUCAGAGAGAUCGUCCCCUCCUCCCACGGUCACCGGACGACAUUUCUUCCCCAGCGGAUGCACGGCCGGACAUCUGAUCGCAAUCUGCCGUCACGAGGAGAACCAUCGCUCCCGCGGCCUGUCUCCGCCGCGCGUCGGGGGCGGCAUCCGGCAUCCAUCGUCGUCUAAGGGACACGGACGGCGCAGCAUUCACGUCCAGCCAUUGCCGCCUCCGUUGAAUGCGCGGCCACCCGACGCCUAAUCUCCUCGCUAAUGCACCCGACGCUGCCGCUGAUCCUCUGAACGCUUUUGUUCGCCCUCGAGGUGGAAAGGAUUGGAAAUCGUUCCCAACUUGGAUUUGGUAAUGGUAUAAAGUUGUGGAUGAAAAGAGCUGAAAAUAGGAUGUUGACUUGUAGCUGUUUAGAUGACACCAGAUGAAAAUGCCCUUAUUACUCUAAAGAAAGGUAGCAAGCUUAUCAAGUAUAGCCGGAAAGGGAAACCCAAGAUCCGAACUUUCAGACUUUCUAGUGACGAAACAGCAUUAAUUUGGUAUUCUCACAAAAGGGAGAAGUUUCUCCGACUCUCUUCUGUCUCUAAAGUUAUUCCUGGACAGAGAACUGUAUGUUUACUAUUAUCUGAGUUAAAUGUCAAGAUUUUGCUUGCUAGCAUAUAUAUGGCCUCAACAACGGCAGAUAUGGCUGUUUUUAGGAGGUUUUUACGCCCUGAGAAAGACUAUCUGUCAUUUUCCCUCAUAUACAAGAACGGGCAACGUUCCCUUGAUCUGGUUUGCAAGGAUCAAGCUGAAGUUGAAGUGUGGUUUUCAGCACUCGAGGGGUUAAUAAGUUCAUGCCGUAAAAGUUCUGUUGAUGAGCACAAGGAUAGAGUAUCAUUUUCCGAUGAAGUAUCAUAUUAUCAGGAUAGUCAGUCAUAUGAUUCAACAGUAGAUAUUGCUUCAAGUAUUUCGCGUAGUUUUCACACUGCUGGUUACUGCAAAACUGAUUCUUUUAGCUUAAGAAGAUCAGAUGCUGGAUCUGAUCGUGCAAAUAUGAUAAGGACAAGUGGUGCAGACAGUACUCGACUUAGUAUUUCCAGUGCCCCUAGUUCUUCCAGUCAGGGUUCUGGAACAGAUGACAUAGAGUCCCUUGGUGAUGUUUAUGUAUGGGGUGAAGUAUGGACUGAUGUGGCCCCAUCUGAUGGAAGCACAAGCUCAUCAUGCUCAAAAGUAGAUGUUUUGAUUCCCAAAUCUCUAGAAUCAGAUGUUGUCUUAGAUGUUAAUCAGAUAGUAUGUGGUUCAAGGCAUGUUGCUCUUACUACCAGACAAGGGGAGGUGUUUACAUGGGGUGAGGAAGUUGGUGGGCGCCUUGGUCAUGGAACUGAUGCAGAUAUAAGUCGUCCGAAGCUUGUUGAGUCAAUAUCUGUGACCAUAGUUGAUUUCAUUUCAUGUGGAGAGUUCCAUACCUGUGCUAUAUCUGCUUCCGGUGAUCUGUUUAAUUGGGGAGAUGGUUCAUACCAUGCUGGAUUGCUUGGAUAUGACACUGGAGUUAGCCAUUGGCUUCCAAAACGUGUCUCGGGGCCCUUAGAGGGGCUUCAAGUAUUAUCUGUUGCAUGUGGCUCAUGGCAUUCAGCUCUGAUCACGUCGAGUGGAAAACUUCACACAUUUGGUGAUGGAACAUUUGGAGUUCUUGGGCAUGGAAACCGUGAAAGUGUUGCAUACCCAAAAGAAGUAGAAGCCUUGAAUGGAUUUAGAAUGGUCAAAGUUGCAUGUGGAGUUUGGCAUUCUGCAGCAAUUGUGGAGGCUACUGUUCAGACAGGCAUGAAUGUGGUGUCUAAGAAGCUGUAUACCUGGGGUGAUGGGGAUAAGAAUCGUCUUGGACAUGGUGACAAAGAAGCUAGGCUGAUUCCUACCUGUGUUCAAGCUCUUCUUGAGCACAAUUUUCAUCAGCUGGCCUGUGGACAAAACAUGACUGUUGCCCUUGCUACAUCUGGUCAUGUGCAUACCAUGGGUAGUGCUGACAAUGGUCAGCUCGGAAAUCCAAAAUCAGAUGGUAAACAGCCUUGUUUAGUCAAAGAUAAACUAGGUAAUGAGUUAGUUGAGGAGAUCUCGUGUGGAACUUCCCAUGUUGCAGUUCUAACGUCAAGAAGUGAGGUAUACACAUGGGGCAUGGGGGCCAAUGGAAGACUUGGUCAUGGUGACGUCAAUGACAAAAAGACACCAACCAUUGUUGAAGCACUUAAAGAUCGACAUGUCAAAAGUAUAUCAUGUGGUUCAAACUUCACAACAUGUAUUUGCAUACAUAAGUGGGUGUCAGGUGCAGAUCAGUCAGUUUGCACAGGUUGUAGGCAAGCAUUUGGUUUCACAAGAAAGCGGCAUAAUUGCUACAACUGUGGCCUAGUACACUGUCAUGCUUGUAGUUCAAGAAAAGUGCUCAAGGCUGCUCUGGCACCAACUCCUGGCAAGCCGCAUCGUGUAUGUGAUUCAUGUUUCCUCAAACUGAAGAAUGCAGAUACCAACAGCAACAAUGUCAGCAAAAGAAAUACUCCUACUCGUCGCUCUAUUGAUAGCAGAGAAAAGCCAGAAAUAAGGCCUUCCAAGCUUGUACCAACACCGUCAGCGGAACCAGUCAAGUAUAUGGAGGUAAAAUCAGCUAAGAGUGAUGCGAAAGCUGCAGAGUCGAUCUUGAAGGCAUCUCAAGCUUCGGCUAUACUACAGCUUGGCUUUGCUGCCCAAUUUGGUGCGCUUCAACCGAUGGGAAUGUCACCAGCGCUAGCUAUUUCACCUGCAAUGCCAGCAUUUUCUUUAGCACCUCCAUCUCCAUACACAAAGAAAACAAAAUCACCUCCUGCUGCUGCUAUUCCGCAGAGCUCUAAAGUUGAUUUUGAUCACUUGCAGAAGUCAAAUGAGUUGCUGAAUCAAGAACUUCUGAAGUUGCAAUCUCAGGUUGAUGAUUUGAAACAAAAGUGUGAAGGCCAACAUGAGCAGAUUCAGAAAUCAGAUAAAAAAGCUAAAUCAGUUGCCUCUAUGGCUGCUGAAGAAUCCACCAAACGUAAUGCUGCCGUGGAGUUUGUUAAAUUUCUAGACAAUGAGCUCAAGGGUCUUGUGGAUAAACUGCCCAGUGAUGCUGUUGACAGCAUAAAAGCUUUGCAAGUUCAGACGCAUUCACUCCUGAAGGAACAAUCUAGCCAUCCGUCAGAGCUCAUGAAUACAAUGGAACGUGAUCAUCUUCACCUGUCUAGUGGCGGAAGCGGAAGAUAUGAUUUGGCCAGUCAUAAGUCAGGAGGUGUAGGUUACUUGACAAUGUCCCAGGAUGGCCGACCUUCUAGUGGCUCUGCCAUUUCCAUCACUAGUGAAUCCCCAUCCCAUCGCUUCAUGGAAAACAGUGCGAAGGCCCACGGUGAUUUUGCCCCGAAGCAUGGUACCCACGGAGAAGUGCAAUUAAUUGAGCAGUUUGAACCUGGCGUCUAUGUGACACUUAUCCAGCUGAAAGAUGGCACCAAAGUAUUCAAGCGGGUCCGAUUCAGCAAGAGGAGAUUCGUGGAGAAUCAGGCUGAAGAGUGGUGGAGGGAAAACCAAGAGCGGGUCUUCAAGAAAUACAGCCAUCCAACUCAAUCAGCUCAUGGAAACACGACCUCGUCUCAUGAGGAUGAACAUCAUCCAUGACCCCCAUCCAAAUCAGGUCCACAAGGUCGUUGAAUAUACGUCACAUGAUGAGACACAGCAAAGUAGAGUUUUGACAGGAAAUAUCUGCUCUGCACUCAGGAGAUAUGCUUGGAGGGCCUCUUCUAGGAGCUUUUAUUAUGUGGAGUAGGAUAAAGACAUGAUUUGUCGUUGUCUUGUUCUUUAUUCUCCUGUAUCUUGUAGAUUAGUAAUUUUCUACCUCGUCCUUUGUUACCCUGUUCAAACUCCCAUCUGACCUAGAUAUUCAUGUUCGAAGCCACAUAAGCUGACCACUCACCUGGUUUGCUCUAGGCAGUUACUCUUGUUGAUUUGGCCGGACUGGCUGUUAAUGUUUUGAAUCCUUUUGGUUCAGAUAAACUAGCAAGAUGGCCCGCGCUAAUAGCACGGGUAGCUAGUAUUUUAUUUA